CGUCCCUUAGCGUUGUUUGUUGAGAGCGGGACAACUGCAAUUUAUCACCGUUCCUACACAGCUAUGGCGACCAACAUGAAAGACAUUCCCCAGAAUCUGAAAGAAAAAUUAGCUGAUUUGGAUCGUUCUUUAACGAAUUUAGAAGAAUCUUUUACCCCUAUGCUUUCAAAAUCACAGAUAGAAAUACAGUCAGAGUUCACUCCUUUGGAACAAGCUAAGCUGAAUUUAGUUGCUGUUUACGCCAUGAAUUCUUUAUUUUGGGCAUAUUUGAAUACAUGUGGUUUGGAGCCUUUAGGAAAAGGUGUGAAAACAGAAUUGGACCGCGUCCGGACUUAUAUGAAUCGUGUGAAAGAAAUUGAAGACAAACCCUCCUUAGGUGGGCUAAUGUGUACCUUAAUUGCUGUAGUUGAGUUGGUGUGA